UAUUAUUAUAUAUAUAUACAUAUAUACACAUAUAGAAACAAUAUGGCCGCAAAGACUAUGAGCGAGAAUGCACUGGUUGCUGUGAUCGGUGAUGAGGAUAUCGUCACUGGUUUCCUGUUGGCAGGCUGUGGACAGAAGGACGGAAAGAAGAAGAAUGAGAACUUCAUCGUCGUCGACAACAAGACACCAAUUACCAAGAUAGAGCAAGCAUUCAGAACAUUCACAACUAGAAACGACAUUGCUAUCGUCUUGAUAUCACAGAAAAUCGCAGAUGAGAUUAGACCAAUGAUCGAUGAAUACGCUCAAGUUAUCCCAACCAUUCUAGAGAUCCCAUCAAAGGAUCAUCCAUACGACCCAUCAAAAGACAGUGUUAUGCUCAAGGUCAAGAGAAUGACUGGUGCCGAUUAA